AAAAUGACCAAGACAUGGGAAGUGACCCUACAAAGGAAAAUGGGCAUUAGAGUGAUUUCACAAAGCUUACCGAUCAAACCGAACUUUGCACCGGUACAGAAAAAUCCUUGCUUGCAAAAAGACACAAAGAGGAACCACCGGAAAACCUUCUUCCAAACCAGCUAGCAAACGCAACCAACAACAACCACGAUGGACGACAGCCGACGUUCCAAGAAAAGACUAAGGAUCCCGUUGGUGCCGAGACUCAAUGAAGAAAUCAAGAUCCAGGAAGCGUUGGGAGCAGUGCGAGAUGAAGGUUGGGUCCAAGUGGUCCUGGUCGGAGGGAGCAGUGGCGAAGGCAAAACAACACUGGUUUCACAAGCUCUAAGAGGCACGAGGAUGAACCAGUGUGCACUGGCGCGAACCAAGUAUGAUCAACGCGCAGCGUCGACGGAUACAGCGGCUCCUUUUGAAGCGCUGAGACUUUUAGUGGCAGAUCUGGCAGCGUCUGUCAUGUCCAUACCGGAUGUGAACAGCCUUACCGGUACUGUCCAGUCCCUGGUGGCUCACAAGAUGCCAGAGGAUCAAACAAAAACCUUGACAGCCUUUGCACCUACUAUCAAGGCAUUGCUGCUAGACUCCAAAGGGCCUCUAAUGGUUGACGACAGUAGCAUUUGCAUCAGCAGCAACACGAUUGAGGAUCUUGACACUCUAUCCAAGGACUCACUCACGCUAUUAACGGCAGCGCUUCAGACGUUUAUAUGGACAGUGUCCACAGUAUGCCCGGUCGUACUGCACCUGGACGAUAUUCACUGGUGCUGCGACUCAUCGUUGGAAAUUCUCAAAACUAUAGCACUUGACCCUCAGUUGACAAGCGUACUUCUUGUCGGGACUUUUCGGACCCAAGAAGUCACUGCCAAUCCAAAUUUUGCCGAGUGGAGGACACAACUGGAAGGACAAUUUCAACCGAACGACACAAAAUUGUCAUCCAAAAAGAGAAAGUUCCAAACCAUUCAGUUGGAGAGCUUGACGCAAAGUCAGAUCCAACAACUUCUCCAAGAGGCCACCAAACAGGAUGGUCUUAAGAUUCAACAACUUGCGGUAACAGUCCAUCAAUUUACCCAUGGCAAUCCCUUCUUUGUCAGGCAUUUCUUGGAAAGGCUUCAGGAUGAUGGUCUUUUGGUACAUGGCUGGAGUUCGUUUCAAUGGAAUUGGGAUUUGGAAACAAUCAAGAGCCAAUCGUCGAUUGAGGACAACGUGGUGCAAACACUUACAUCCAGAAUGCACAAGUUACCCGAAAAGGUCCAGGCUGUCCUGGGACUGGCUUCUUGCUUUGGAGCCAAAUUCGAUGCAAGGGCAAUGCAUGCGACAAAGUCUGUGUUGAAGAUUGAGGAUGACGCCGUUUUGGAAGACUGCCUGUCCAGGGCAAAAGAAGGAGAGUUCCUUAUUCAGAUUGACAACCAAUGCUAUCGGUUUGCCCAUGACAUGAUUCUUUUGGCUGCGGAGGGCUUUCAGCCUAAAGAUCCAGAGCUUCUGCGACAAUACAACUUGACAAUUGGCACCUGCUUGCUAGAGAAUAAAAAACACAAACGAUUACUUCAGGAAGACAACUCAAUCUACUUUGCCAGUGUGGACAAAAUGAAUAUGGGGACGGAUGUCCAACGAUGCAGAGCAGAGCAAAAGAUUCAACUUGCACGAUGGAACUACCAGGCAGCUCGUGCAGCAGCUCGCUUGUCGGCGUUUGCGCCUGCUUCCAGAUAUCGAUGGACGUCCGAUGAGGACUGCUACGAACUGGUUGUCAAGUUGUACACGUUGCUCGCUCGGGCAACGUACUGCUUGGGAGAAAACGAAAAAUCGAUAGCAGCAGCUCAGCAGGUCCUCGAUCAUGCGCGAUCGUACCAAGACAAGCAACCUUGCUUGGCUACGACCAUGCAGGCCCGUGAAUUCCAAAAGGAUACAAACGCUCUGAUCUCUUUCGCACUCGACAUGCUGCAAAGUUUGGGGGAGCGGCUGCCUGACAAACCAAGUACAUUGCUGGUAUGGCUCUCCUACAGGAAAAUGAAAAGCCGGCUUGGAAGCAUGUCAAACGACGCAAUCUUGUCCCUCCCCCUCAUGAACGAUGCAAAGCAGGAGUGUAUCUUGAUCCUGUUGAAACAGUUGAUAAUGCCGCUCUAUCAGAUUGGUCGAGAAGGUCUUUCCAUUGUGGUUGCUUGGCGAAUGAUUCGGAUCACUCUGACACAUGGGAUUGCAAAAUCGUCCCCGGAAUGCUUUGCCAAUGCAGCUAGCUUCUUUUCUGGGCCGCACAGCCACGACAUUGAGAUUGCGCAUCGCUUGUGCAUCCUGACAGAGCAGAUCAUCGAGAAGCGCUUGGGUGGCCUUGACGAAAACACUGCCAACAUCCAUCAUGUGCUUUUCAACGGGGGCAAAUGGUGGCGAGAGCCCGUGCCCAAAUGUCUAGAUUGCUUCAUCGCUUCUUACAAGACCAGUAUGAGGUUUGGAAAGGUGGGUGCUGCAUUUCGAUCCUCCUGCGCCUACCAGGUCAACUACUUCUACUCUGGACUACAACUGGAACCGUUGCUGAAGGAUGUUGAACGAUUCUUACAGCAGUACAUUGAAUACUAUCAGCCCUAUUACUUCUUCAUUAUCUCCCCUCUGUGGCAAUGCCUGCUUAACCUAACGGGAAGGGACCCAGAUCCCUUGAACAUGGAAGACGGUACUGCCAUGGCCAAGAGACGAGCACUAGAGAAAGCUGGCUCAGUCGUCACAGGGCAACAGUCGAUUCAGUCAUAUAAGAUGCAGAUAGCCUACUACCUGGGGGAUCUACCGACAGCCACAGAGAUUGCCGAAACCUUGUGGGAGAUCAAGCUUGGGAUCAUGGGAGGCGCCUUCUGGUUCUUCUCCCGAAGAUUCAUAUUGGGAAUGAUAUUCAUUGCCAACUACCGGCAAACUCGAAAGAUGUCAGACAAGAGGAAAGCCGAGAAGCAACUGAAGAUCUUUCGCAAAGUGGUAAAGAAAGCGGCAAUCAACUUGGUCCACAAACUGCAAAUCAUGGAGGCAGAAAUGUCUGCCGCUCAAGGUAGAAUGAACCAUGAUGCCGUUCUUCAAAUGUACAACGAUGCCAUUGUUUCGGCAUCCCGAGUUGGGUUCUUGCAGGAUGCCGCUCUCGCAAACUAUUUGUGCUUCCAGUACAUCAAAUCGAACAAUAUACAGGUUCAUCUUGCCCACAUGUACUUCAACAAGUCCUGUGUUCUUUGGACUACUUGGGGAGCUUUGGCGGUGACAGAGUCUCUGUCGGAACGCCAUCCCGAGAUGCUUGCCUCAGGGUCGAUGAAAAGUUCUUUGGAUUCCAUGGGGGUCAGGAAAGAGAUGCGCGGUGCCAGCUUGAGAGGCAGACCCCGAUUCGACCCAUCCCUGGCGGUUUCGCACAGGAAUGUGACCGCGAGCACCGAAUCGUUAGAUCAAUAGAGACAAAUAGAAUACAUCUACCAUGACUUCAUGGUUCAUAGCGACAUCCACACUUUCCAGAGCCAGAUAUACCUUUCUGUUAUCAAACAUGUCUGGUUCUCCACGCUCUGGGUUGUGCCUCUAACUUCACUUAUCGCUCCUCCUACAAAAUGGGCAUUGGUACUACCGGUAUCGUGUAUAAAGAGCUGUACAAGAAGACUAACCUUUGCUGUCAGGGAUUGGUGGCUUCUGCGAGAAUCUGUUUAGAGUGCAUCGAUUGUUCUGAGCGGUUCCUUGUUUGAAGCUUUCGUGCUUCCACUAAUCUACCGGACAAUGUAUUACAGAAGAGCAGCGACGGGACCAGCUAGCUAGUUUGCGACAGCGAUGUUCUCGUCGUUUACCACAGGAAGAGUCUUGAUUGUGCUUUGGGACCUUUGCCCUGUUCGAAAUUAUAGCGAGAUCGAGACCUGGUUUCAGUCCCGGUCCAGCCGGCUCUGUCACUUGAGGCAGGUGUUUUUGCAAGUGUGACCGUGCCAUUCUCGUGGUUCUGCGGUUAGCCUCUGCUAACUGUCUUCUAAACCCCCGUCAAAUCCGCAGUUGGGCCGUGGAUUGCAUUUCCCAGGGUCCUCUAUGAACCAAGGGAAGAUGGCCACAGAUCAUUGGCAUGCCCCUGGAGUGACUCUC